AUGGCGACGAAUAUCGGAAUGAUGGACAGUGCUUACUUCGUCGGAAGAAACGAGCUUCUGACUUGGAUCAACGAUCGUCUUCAGCUCAAUCUCUCUCGCGUCGAAGAGGUUGCAUCUGGUGCUGUGCAAUGUCAGAUGCUUGAUAUGACAUUUCCAGGAGUAGUGCCAAUGCACAAGGUUAAUUUUGAUGCAAAGACCGAGUACGAUAUGAUACAAAACUACAAGGUCCUGCAAGAUGUGUUCAACAAGCUGAAAAUUACGAAGCCAUUGGAAAUUAACAGGCUUGUCAAAGGCCGGCCACUGGAUAACUUGGAGUUUCUUCAAUGGCUGAAGCGUUUCUGCGAUUCCAUAAAUGGUGGGAUCAUGAAUGAGAACUAUAAUCCGGUGGAACGAAGAUCUAAAGGUGGUAAAGAGAGGAGUGUUAAGGGAACUAACAAGAUGCCAAAGUCUCUGCAGACAAACAACAAUCAUGCUCCACCAAAUUCCUCUUUGGUUGGUCUUAGCAAAGCCUCAGGGCCCAAGCCAGCAAAAGCAGCUGACGUGAAGGCUUUGUCAAAGGAGCUUACAGAUCUCAAGCUCUCUCUUGAGCUCUUGGAAAAAGAAAGAGACUUUUACUUCUCCAAGCUUCGGGAUGUAGAGAUACUUUGCCAAACUCCGGAUCUUGAGGAUGUUCCGAUAGUGGGAGCAGUGAAGAAGAUACUCUAUGCAAAUGAUGCAAAUGAAUCUGCACUAGAAGACGCUCAAGAGUUCCUUAACCAGUCCCUAGGAGUUCAAGCUGGAGAUGAAGGUAGCGGAGGACAAGAAGAGGAAGACGAAGAAGAAGAAAGGGCUCAAGCCUAA